AUGAUGGUCACAGGAGGCCUGGGAGGCCUGGGCCUGAUCGCUUCCUUCCACUGUGCCGCUGAGUUCGACAAUCCGAUCAUCACCACCUCGAGAUCCGGUCGUCUGGGCAGCGGAGGGGCCUCGGCGAUGAACAUGUUCGAGGCCCUGAAGGAGAUGGUGCCAGUGUACAAUGUGAGGCUCAAUGUGGCCAACGCGCAAGAUACGGCCGAUGUCUUCGCAUGGGUUAGCCGACCAGGAAUGCCCCCGGAGGACAGCAAGAUUCUCAUCGAUGAUGUGGUGUACCAGGUCCGCUACAAGAUCCACUCGCUGCCCGACGAGGCCUUGCGGAGGAUCCAGGAGUUUCUGUUGGAGGUGAAAGAGAAGCUGCUCCAGAUCAUGAAAGACAUGAGGCAGCAGGAAACAAAAAUCGACCAGUCUACGAUGGCUGACUUGUCUGAGAAGGAAGCAGCGGUCAGCCAUGCGAUUGGCAUGAUCCGUGCCAAGGUGGGAGCUGUGCCUCGGUCCGGACAGUGCCGGCUGCUGGGCGGAGUCCCAUCCCACGGCUAUGGGGUGCCAGAUGCUGACGCAUUGGCGACUGUGCCCUCGGAGGGUUCGCCACUGCCGAGCCAGGCUCCAGGGAGAGCUUCUGUUCCGGACUUGAUGGAAGUGGAGCGCAUGUCGUCGCUCCCAAAACCCAUUGGUCCGACCACGUCGGCACUUUUCUAG